AAUUAUUCUUAACCUCACAUUAUUUUAAGAAAAUAAAUAAAUAAAUACUUUUAAAUAAUUGCAAUAAUUCCAAUUCUGCAAUUGUUCAUACGUAUUUUGCAAUGAAGUUAUUUAAAUAUCAAUGUUUGUAAGAGUAGUGCAUUAAGAAUGUUAGAAAGUAAAUAUUGCAUUUUAUCUGUACUUUUCGUAUUUAUUUUACAUUUUGGCUCCUUAAAUUCAAAAACUUCCACGAUGUGGAAGCUGGACCUGAAGAAAAAUAAGAUUGUGGAAGCAAGCCCAUUUCUUCCAACUGUAUCCUUGACUAAGGAAAUGAAGAAUUCAAAGAAUUCACCAUAUUAUGAUCCUAUUUUCAAAAUCAUUACUUCAACUAUUUAUUAUGACCAGACAUGGGUCAAGCAAGGUGAUGAUUAUUAUUGCACAGACUGUCACUUAUUUCAGACCAAAAAUGCUGUUGAAAAUAAAAACGUUAAUGCUCAAAAUUCUACUUCAUUCAAAACUGUUAAAUAUAAAGAGAAAGAAGUUGAGGAUGAAUCAUUGGAUUGUGGCAAACCUGUGAAUUUUACUUACUAUGAUAGUUUAGUAGGAAUUGCAAAUAGACAGAGUCAUCCUAAUGUGCAGGAACCUCAGUUAUCACUUAUAUUAGGCAGCAAAAAAAACUUUGAUAUUAAUUCCUUAGAACAACGACUAAAGAAAAUUAGAAAAGAGAAACCAAAAUCUGUUCAUAUAUAUAAUCAGAUAGGAAAUUUCUGGAGAUUAAAGGGAGAUACUCAAAAAGCUAUUGAAUGUUUUCGUAGAGGUCUUGCAGUAUCACCACAUAAUUCUGAAAUUUUAUUAAAUCUUGCCAGGGUUCUUUUUACACUGCAAUAUUUAGACGAUGCCAUAUAUUUAACAAGACGGUCAAUUGAAAUGCAGCCUCCUGAUAAAGGGGCAGCAUGGCAGCAAUAUUUCACAUUGGGAGAGAUUUUCAAGGCCUACGGACAUUAUCAAGAGGCACAAAUUCACUUAAAGCACACACUGGACUUAAAACCAGGAUUUACACCUGCUGAAAUCGCACUUAAAGAAAUGGAAAGUAAUCCAACAAUUACUAUCCAUUUGUAUACCAUGGUUAUCAUCAUUUGCUUGGUAUUUGGUGUUCUUCUCGUAAUUUUGUCGUCUUUUGAUGGUGCGACAGAGAAUGAAAUGGCUGAAAAUAAGCCACAGAGACAUUUCAAUAGAGCUAUGGCAAUGAGUACCUUAAGAGGUCUACGUAUCUCACAAAGAAACAGUAGACACAAAAAACUUGUAGCAUAGACUGUAUGUUACAUUAUUUGACUGAUUAUUAUUUAUCAUUUUAUUAGAUAUUUCCUAGAUUAUACCUAAGAUGGAUACGCCAAAUUAUAUUUUGGAAUAUUUUUGUUUGAUUACUGCAAAGCAGUACUUAAUUUUUAUGUAUUAUUUUUGCACUGCCAUGUUUCUUUUUAUUUAUUCUUUUUUAUAUUUAUCGUGUGUGUCGUUUAUUUAUUUGUAAGUUAUUAACCUCGCUCAUAUUUGCAUUUGUAGUUAAUACAAAGAUCUGUUUAAUCAAUAAACUAAAUGUUUGAAUGUGCACUUAAAGUUAGAAAAUAACAUCUAUGUUAAAAGUACAUUAUUGUACCAAUAUGAACGUUACAAUAAAGCAAUGAAAAAAAUGAUAUCUUA